AAGACUGGUGGGAGAGAAGACAAAACGCAGUUGAGUUUCGACACGGUAGUCGAUGUUGUCGCGAAAUAUUAUCCUCAUUUCGAUUUUCAAAAUGUGUUAAAAUUAUCGUUUUUUUUUUCACAUAAAAAUCAUUCAUGAUAGCUAAUUUAAACUAUUGAUAAUUACUCAUAAUAAAUAGUGUAUAAAUAUAAUUGUUUAAUUAGUUUUUUUUAUUAAAUCAAUAACAAUUAGUUACUUUUAAUUUUUACAAUAAAAAAACAAAGUGUAUAUCAAUUUUUGAUUAAAAAAAAAAAAUACCCAAGUGUAAUUUAUUUAUUUUUUAUUAAUUUGUACAAAAAUUUCAAGACAUUUAAAUUUAUGGUUUAAAAAUAAAUGAAAUAAUUAACUUAAUAUAUUGACUCGACACUUGCAGAGACAUAUGCACACAUAUAUAAAUAUAAAUAUAUAAUAUACAUAUUGCAAUAUUAUUUCUUACACUUUGCCCUUCCUUUUUAUGUUUGAAGUGAUAUUGUAUUUAUGUAUGUGUAUGUGUAUAUUGUGUGUUUAAAUCCAGGGGUUUGAUUGUGACUGGAUAUAUAAAAAAAAGUUUGAUACAACGGGGCUGUCCUGGUUUUCAAGUGCUUUUAUCAAAGCAUGGACGUCAGAUUGGUGCUUAUUGUGCUGGCAAUAGGCCUACUCAUGGCUGCCGGUGCUAUAACUAAAUUUGGUUCAUAUACUAGAAUUACACAAAUAACACUUGCUGCAAUAUUUGUACCAUUAAUAUGCAAAUAUCAUCGAAAAAUUUAUGUGAUAUUACGGACAUUACCACGAGACAUCAAGUUUUUAUAUCGUUAUAUAAAUGCAGACAGAGAGACAAAACGAUAUGUCAAAAACAAUUCAACUGUGAUGAAGCUUUUCAAAGAAAGGGCAAUACUUUAUCCCAACAAGCCAUGUUUUAUAUUUGAAGGACGUAUAUGGACAAAUGCUGAUAUGGAUGAUUAUAGCAACAGGAUAGCUGAUGUAUUUCAAAAAGCUGGAUUUGUAAAAGGUGAUGCAGUUGCAUUGAUGAUGCCAAAUAGACCAGAAUUUGUUGCAACAUGGCUUGGACUUGGAAAAAUUGGUGUUAUAACUGCAUUGGUUAAUACAAAUUUACGUCUAAAUGUAUUUACACAUUGUUUAACAAUAGCAAGUGUAAAAGCAAUAAUAUAUGGCCAAGAAUUAUCAUCAGCUGUCGAUGAAAUUCGAAACUCAAUGCCAAAUAUAACGUACUACAAACAAGGUGCUGGACUUGAUGACAUUCAAGAAGAUACAUAUAAUUUAGAUAAAUUAUUAUCAGAAGCAUCAUCUGAUGAUCCAGUUGUCAGUGAAAUACCAGGCUAUCGAGAUAAUUUGUUGUAUAUUUUUACAAGUGGAACAACUGGUUUACCAAAAGCUGUAUUAUUUCCAAAUUCACGAUAUCUUUUGGUGACAAUGGGAACAUACCAUAUGCUUGGAUUGAGAUCAGAGAGUGAUAGUAUGUACAAUCCAAUACCACUUUAUCAUAUGGCUGGUGGUAUGGUUGGUACUGGUUGUGCAUUGGUCAAAGGAAUUCCAAGUGUUUUGCGAACUAAAUUCUCAGUAUCUGCAUACUGGACUGAUUGCAUCAAAUACAAUUGUACUUUGGCUGAAUAUAUUGGUGAAAUGUGUAGAUAUUUAUUAACAGCACCAGAAAAACCAGAAGACAAACAACAUCCAGUAAGACUGAUGGUUGGUAAUGGAAUGAGACCACAACUUUGGCAACAAUUUGUCGAUCGAUUUAAAAUUGAACAAGUUACUGAGGUUUAUGGUUCCAGUGAGGGCAAUGCAAACAUUGUUAAUGUUGAUAAUCGAGUUGGUGCUGUUGGUUUUGUUCCUUCAAUUUUGCCAAAAUCACUUCAUCCAGUUGCUGUAAUUCGUAUUAAUUCAGAAACAUGUGAACCAAUUAGAGGACAAGAUGGUUUAUGCAUACGUGCUGAAAUAAAUGAACCUGGAAUGUUUAUUGGUCUUAUUAAACAAGGAAAUGCAUCACAAGAAUUUAAUGGAUAUCUUGAUAGAGAAGCAUCAAAAAAAAAAGUAAUUGAAAAUGUAUUUGUAAAAGGUGACAAGGCAUUUCUUACUGGAGAUAUAUUAGUUCAAGAUGAACUUGGUUAUUUUUAUUUCAAAGAUAGAACUGGUGAUACAUUUAGAUGGAAAGGUGAAAAUGUUGCAACAGCUGAAGUUGAAGGUGUUGUUAGUAAUGUUGCUGGUUUUAGAGAUACAACUGUAUAUGGUGUUCAGAUACCAGGAAUGGAAGGACGUGCAGGAAUGGCUGCAAUUGUUGAUCCAGAUUGUUUGCUCGAUUUUAAAGCACUUGCUGAAGGUCUUGAUCGUGCACUUCCGUCGUAUGCACGACCAAUAUUUCUACGAAUUGUCAAAGAACUUGAAAUGACUGGUACAUUUAAACUUAAAAAAAUUAAUUUACAAAAAGAAGGCUUUGAUCCAAAUAAAAUACAAGAUAAAGUAUAUUUUAGAUCUGGUAAUAAAGAGUAUGUUGAAGUUACACCUGAAUUAUAUGAAGAAAUAAUAUCUGGUUCAGCUAAAUUAUAAAACUAUUAAAACUCAUUCGAAAAAAACAACUAAAAAAUGAUGGGAGAGACAAGUCCAAUUUCACAACGUGAAAUCGAAAUAACUCAAAAAAAUUUAACAACAAUUACAUCAAAAUAAUAAUAAUAAUAAACAAAAAAACCCAAGACAUUGAAUAUUAUUUUAUUAUUCUAGUUAAUUAUAAAUCUAUUUGUAUUUUUUAUUUUUUGUUAUAUUUAUUUUUCCUUGCUCGUUUAUUCUUUGAGAAUAUUACGGUAAGAAGAUAAAAAGUGUGAUAAUAAUAACACAGAAUUAAUGUUAAAUUUAUUAUUAUUUCUAUUUAUUUAUAUUUUUUUUGUUUUUUGCACUAGUACUUGUGUGUGUAUGUGUGUGUAUGUGUGUUUAUCAAAAUUUAGAAAACUAAGUACAAAGAUUAUUUAUCUAGUACAAUAAUUAAAUUGAAAGGAAAAAAAAUUAUUUCAUUGAUAAUAGAUAAAAUAUUUCUUUAAAUAAAUGAUCAAAAUUUAUGUAUCAAAUUAAAAAAUAAAAUUUUGAAUUUUAAUUAUAAAUAAUAAAUUUAUUUAUUAAUAAAAUAAUAAAAUAAACACCAAAUUAUUCUUCUUACCGCUAUUUUUUCAUAUGAAAUUAGAGUCUGGACCAACUAUUUAAUUAUCGUGUUGAUCGAUAAAAUAAAAUCAUCAUUAAUUAUCAAUUUUAUAAUAGUUAAAAGUCUUUUCUGCAAAAAAAAAAAAAAAAUAAAUAGAUAAAAAUCGAAAUUCAACACAACAUAAUUUUAAUUUCGAAAAAAAAAAAAUCAUUCAAGUGUCAUUUUAAUGUCUGCAAAAUGGGCCUUCAGAUGUGCCACUAAUUACAUCUGAAAUAUGUAAAUAGCAUAAUAAUAUGUACUGUAAUGAAUUUAAUUUUGUUUACGAAAUAAUAAAAAGAUUUGAAGAAAUAAUUAAAAUUGAAUUAACGAAAACCAAGCUAUGUAAAAAAAAAAUAGAAUUGAUUAAUGAUUUUAUAGUUAAAAUGUACAGGCAAUAUGUUAACAUUAUUUAAUCGACGAUUAUUUCUAUAAAGAAAAUAUUUAAUAAAAAAGAGGAAAAAAUCGUCCAUAAUUAAUUUAGUCAAUUUAAAACAUGACAACAAUAUUAUGUGGCAAUUUUUUGCUCAAAAAAACUUUAUAUCUAUACAAAUAAAUAAUCAAUAAUAAAUAUAGACACUUUCACAUACUGAUAAUGAAAUAAUAAUUAGGAUCAAUUUUACAAUUAAUAAUGAAAACAAAAAUCAAUUAUUGGCACGAUUAAAGCAAAUUGUUGCUAAAAAAAAAAAUUGAAAAAUAACAUUUUAAAUAAUUUUGACAAGGUAUAUUUAUAUUGAUACAUUUUGAAAUUAAUUAUUUUCAAUGUGUACUUUGUCAUAGAAAUGUUUAACUGUUAUUUGCAUGUAUGUCAAAUUAAAAAAAUAAACUGUUUCCCUGACUAAAUAAAUUAUAAUUCAAACAGCACGUUAUGAAAAAAUAUAUAAAAUUGAUUGUAUAAAUUUAAUGAUUGAAAAAGUAAAAAUGAAUGGUAAAAAUCUUUUUUUUUUCGUGGCUUAUUAGAUACUCUAAUUAAUAUAAUUUAAAAAAAAAUUUGUAAAUGAGAGGGCUUUAAUUAAAAAACCAAAAAGUUCGAGAUUACGAUGGAUGUAAAUAAAAACAGUUUAAACACAAAUGAAAUUAACAA